GACAUCAGAGCGGACAGGCGGCAGUGGAAUCCCGGGAGAGGUGCGCGAAAAAAACAAAAAAUCAGCGACAAAAACAACAACAACAAGUGACAACACGUAGGCUAACAUUAGACCCCAACUCACACACAGCGACCAAAACAACAAAAACAAGAAGAAGGUGAAGAAGAGGAGGCGCACGGUGCAGGCAGCGGGCUCUGUGCAUGACACUUUCAGCCGCCUUGAGUGUGACGUGUCGAGGCAGGGGAAGCUGGAAUCCCCCCCCCGCUGCUCACUCUGCAACUGCAAGCAUUUCUGAUCGCCCUCGCUGCUCACCCUGUUCUGAGUGACCAUGAUUGGGUACCACGAUGCCUCAAGUGCCCUUAGCCUCCUAGUCCUCCUGACGGGGGUGUCCCUCCUCCAUCCGUCCACCCCCAACCCCAUCAACACCCCUGGAGAUGUCGAUUACCCACACAGAGUUACUCCUCCUGCAAAGGAUCCGGAGACAGGAUCGAUACAGAAAGAAGAGGCCGAGGAAGAAGAGGAGCUCUUUAAGGAUGUGGAUCCCAAAACACUAGCGGCGGUUUUGCUUGAGGCACUGAAUCACUCGUGGGUGGGGGAAAGGAGGGAGGGAAGGGAGCGCGACGAUGGGAUGGAGGAUGGAGAAGAAAUGAAGGCUGAGACGGGGGAGGCUACAAGAGAAGAAGCUUACAGAGGAGUGAGAACGAUGGAGACAGAGGGAGCAAACAGAGACAGAGAUGGCCGACAGGAGCUGGAGCUGCUGAUGGCCGCGCAGGGGAAGGAGCGGGAAAGAGAGGAGGAAGAGGAGAGGAAGAGAGCUCAGGAGGAAGAGGAGAAGAUGACAGAAAAGGUGACCAGUCGUACCACGAGUCAGACAGUCCAGGUCCAAAGAGAGCGGCAACAGCCCGCUAGUUUAGACGGAAGAGGGGAGAACGGGCAGGGCACCGCCCCCCCAAACAUCCCCGGACAAGGUAGCAACGAGGAGGAGGAGGAGCAGCUCAGCCCAGAGGAGCUGAGGAACCUCGAGACCAUGAUGAAGGAGUUCCCUCGUUUAAACGCCGCCACUAAGAGGGACGGCGAUUCGGAGCCAAACCACAGAGAGAGCCGAGGCUACAGCAGCUACAACGACGUCGUACCGAUCGGCAAAGGCUCCGACCUCGCCAUGACGAAGAAGAAACUGAAAUGGCAAGAGGAGACGCAGAAAGGCCUGAGCUUCCCAACAUUCAGGGGAGGCAACUUCAUGGACGACUUUGAUCAUAACGACAACUACGCCGGCGGUAACGCAGUGCAGUCCCAGCUUCCGGCAGAGCAGGAAGCGAUGGAAGAUGAUGAACCCACGGAGGAGGAAGAGGAAGACGAGGAGGCGUUGAGUCCCGAGGAAGAGGAGGCUCGGGCCAAAGCGGAGCAGGAGGAGAUGAGGAGGCAGGCGGCCGAGGCACAGAGAGCCAAGAUGGAGGAGGAGAAGUUGGCCGACAUCGCCUCGGACAUGCUGCUGCGCUACAUGGUCAAACAGAACAACGGGAACAGGAAGUAUGGCGCGCCUCUGUCCAACGCCGCCGAGGACAAGCGGUCCGACGAGGAACAGGAAGUGACGGAGGAGGAUGAUAUUGACCCCCAGACCAUCGACAAGCUGAUUGAGAUCUCCAACAAGCUCCACCUCCCCGCCGACGACGUGGUGGACAUCAUCAGCGACGUGGAGAAGAAGAAGAAGAAAGACGUGGCGCCCGAGGCGGCGUCUCGUUGGCAGCGGCCUCUGACGCCGCUGUCGUCUCCUUUCUCGUCAACCAAUGGUUUCUCAGCGUCGCAGAUUCCAACCGGCCAAAAUGGCUUCCCCGUCUCUAAGCAACCAUCUCCAGCUGUCAAUCUCCUCAAAACGUGGUUGCAGGAGAAAUCGCAAACCAAAUCGCCAGAUCUUUGGAACAAACCUUCCAAGCCUCUGUCAGCCAAUCCAAAUCAUUGGCCCAAACCUCAGAAGCCUCUGUCAAUCAAGCAGGACCUCUGGCUCAAAUCCCCCAAGUCUGUUUGGACUGGAUACCCUUUGUACCCCUACAAAUACCCAUCCUACUACCAGAGGAAGCUGUACCCGGACUACUACCCCAUCUAUUAUCCUCCUCCCCCCAGACCCAAACCCCGUUACUACAUCCCCAAACCCGCUCUCACCCUCAACAACUUCCUGGGAAAUUCCGUGGAUGACACCUACUCCUUCCCUCCCAGACACCGUUACCACAGCUGGGUCCAACCUCGGCUGAGACGCCCACCCGCCGGCUUCCAGCAGAGGCCGUACUACGCCAGCUACCGCUUUCAGCCGCUGCCCAUCCCCAAACCUCGUUCCCCUCCCCGAAUGCCUGUAAUCCCUCCGCGACAGAAGUUCUAUUACUCAGCCCCGGCGGCACCCGCGGUGACGAGAAAUGAAGAUUAUAACGUGGCUGGAAAGCAGCCGGACAGCAGCAAGCAUGACGAUCUGGAGAAAUACAUUCAGCAGAUACUCAUGAAGGGACAAAUGUUGGAGUGAAAGGGUGAGAGGAGAGGGAGAAUAGGGGAAAUGGAAAUUAGGAGAAAUGAGCAGAAAAGUAUUUCUUCAUUGAAUUUGUUUUGCUGGUAAUUGGUUUUGUUUUAUGUAACAAGUUUCUUCCUCCCGUUUUGAUUGGUUGCGUCGUGGACACGGACAUUCAGGAGGACUUUUUUUUCCAGCUGUAGUCUGGAUAAAAUGUACUACGGUAGGAAAAUGAAAGGAAAGACACACAUCUGCACUCCUCCUCUGUGAAGGAGGGGAAACAGGAUGAAUGGCGUCCGUUGGAAAGCAUGAUGCGACAAUGUUUUGUUUCAUGCUAGAACUUUUCAUCCAAACUUCCGGCAUGACAACAUUCUCCAUUGGGACAUUUGACAAUGCCAACAAAGGAGGACGCUUGAAUAUGUUGUUACCUGUACCUUUAAAAAAAUAUAUAUUUUUCAGAGUCAGAGAGUCGAAACAAUCGUAGGCAGUGAUGGAUGCUGGGAAAUGUUUAAUGACGGAAUGAUGGAAUUUGACUGUCUAAACACAAAGAGAAUAUUUGUGUAAUUAUCCCAGGCAGGGAAAUUUGAAAACUUUUUCAUGAACAAUCUUUCUGAAAUGACCUCCACUAAAUGGCCCAAACUAUGUGGACGCCAAACAUUCCAGCCGUAUGUGAUUCAGACACAAGAGCAUUAGUGACGGUCCAACACUGAUGAUGUAUGAUUAGGUCUGGCUUAAAGUCGGUGGUUCAGUUCAUCCCUAAGGUGGCUCUGCUAAAUAGUCUCUGGAAGGAAC